UGAGCAGGAAGAGGCUGCACAUGUUGCACUGACUCACACUGAGCCGGUAUCAAGCUGCUGGAGUCUGCACUGUGCCUCUACCUCACAGGAGUACAUAUCAUCCUCACGCAGCAAGUGGAGCAGCCAGAGCCCUGGGGUGUGUGAGGAGUCAGGGUGGGAGGGCAAAACUGCUAAUCUCUUUCUCUCUGCUCUCAGCCUGACUCCUGCACUGCCAAAUUCCCCAGUUCUCUUCUUCUCUUGGAACUGAAACACAAGGCAGCUACACCUGGGACACAAAGUUGCACAGAAAUUAGCAGGAGCUGCCAAAGCAUGGGCUAGGGGCAAAACUCCCACUCACCCUGCCCAUACUGGUAAUUAGUAACCAUGGCUGUGCCGAAAGUAAGCGCUGAAACCAAACAUGGACCCACUGGGCAUGAUCCCUGAGGAUUAAUUCCUGUUGGAUCCUAGACUUUGCUUGCUUUUACUGGACCCUUCUCCACCUGCUUUACUCCUUGGUUUAUGUAAUUAACCUUUGCACCACCGACAGAGAGGAGGAUGCUUCGGAGUUGCAGGUUUAUAUGUCACUGUUUGGCUACUGUGUGUGUUCUUUGGAUUCUCAAGAUCGUUCCAUCUUCCAGCCAGGUACAGAGGAGCCAUUUCCAAUGGGGAUAUGUCAACAGAUUUGGCCCUGAGCACAGUCCACCCCUGAGCUCCAGAAAUGAAUGGAGCGUGUGGCACAGUUGGUCGCCAUGUUCUCGGACCUGUGGUGGGGGCGCCGCUGUACGCAUUAGGACAUGCCAAAUCAGGGAUCAAGGAAGCCCAAUGUGCCCAGGCGAAAUGAGACAGUACCAAAUAUGCAACACACAGGACUGCCCAUCAGGAGUUGCAGAUUUCAGGCAUUUCCAGUGUUCUGCAUACAACAACAAACCUUUGAUGGGAAAUUACUUCAGAUGGGUUCCUUUCAACUCUGGUCAAAGUGAUUGUGAGCUCAGCUGUUUGGCAGAAGGACAGAAUUUUUAUUAUAAUUUUGGCCGAGUUUUAGAUGGAACGUCAUGCCGGUCAGACUAUGAUGGCUUAUGCAUAAAUGGGAAGUGCCUGAAAAUUGGCUGUGAUCUUAUCCUGGGGUCCGAGGAAAAGACAGACAUUUGUGGAGUUUGUGGUGGGAAGAACACCUCAUGCAGGCAUCACCAUAACAUAUACACUACCAAGUACCCACCCUCUGGACUUUUUGGAUACAAUGAAGUGACACUGAUUCCUGCAGGAGCCACCAACAUCAAGGUGAUGGACAGAAGUGACAAUUAUUUGGCCCUGAGAAACAGAAAUUAUCACUAUGUCAUCAAUGGCAACUGGGCCAUUAGCUAUCCUGGUGUCUACAAUGUGGCAGGGACCAAAGUCCAGUAUAAACGGGCUGCUGACAAUCAAGAGAGUUUUGAGGCACAAGGACCCACCAAUGAGGAUCUACACAUCAUGGUGCUCUUUACCGAGCAGAAUUUGGGAAUUGAAUAUGAAUAUUGGCUUCCCAAGGAUUAUGAUAUACAGCACCAAAGAGACCGCAGUUCUCUGCAAGACUAUGAAGAGGUAUCUCCUACCCAUCCUUCUACUACGCAGUCAACAGCAAAGACCACUGCACCAAGAAUAACAUAUCCCAUCCAGCAGCAGCCCCAGGCACGUCUCCAAAGAGAGAAUACUGAGUCGAACCAAGUCAAGGAAUCUAAAGAGAACAGUAAAUGUGGAAAGUGCAACAAAGUAAAAGGACGGCAAAAUAAAGUGAAGCAAUAUUGCCAGAAGGACUUUGUUUUCAGAGGAAGAGUUUUUAGCAAAAAGACAGUUGGGAAGGAAACAUGCUACGACAUGCAAGUGAUGAUGACCUACAAAAACAACUUUCCCAUUUUGAGACGAGAAUACAUUUGGGUUCCGAACACUUGUGACUGCCCUAACAUGUUGGAGAAAAGGGAGUAUAUUAUAAUGGCACGGAGACAUGUCAACUAUGAGCACACAUUAAACAGGAUUUUGCUCGAGACCCACAGCUUUGUACGUCCCUACAGUCCAAAGGAAGACAAGAUGCUCCGAGACCUUCACAAAGAAUGUGUCAAAUAUGGAAUCCAAAUAAGGACAAAACAGAAUCAUUAACUUUUUAGAACCAAGGAAAACUUUGAAUUUUUCUGUGGUUCAGUAUUUACGGAUGGCUUUGUACAGUGUAUUUAAUAUUGUAUUGCACAGUAUAUAAAGAUAUAUAAAUUGUGUAGUUUGAGAAACUGUACACUAAUUAAGGGGUGCAGAGGUCUGAAGCAGAAGAUGUGGAUGGAUGAGCUGCUUGACUGCUGCUAUGUGAGAAGACCUUCACAAUUCAUCACAACUUUUUGCCGUAGUCUGCUGGUGUCUCCCAUUAAUGAAUGUAGAAUGGGCCAACAUAGAAGUGACGUUGGCUGCACCCGCCUGUAAAUUGUUAUGGUGUCAUCCUGGACCACAUGAAUGGAUCAGUUGAGCUUGGCCAUAUUGUUCAUGAUCCAUUCAUAUUGCCACAACUCAGAUGUGUGGAUCACCUGGUCACUAUCUAUGACUGAUUUCAUUAUUUUAAAUUAGAGGAACUCUCUUAAUCUGUAACAGAGUGUUGAAGAGAGUAAGCAGUUACUAUUGUGUAGCCUGUAUAUGCACCUGUUACUGACCACAAUGGGAACCAGGACCUGGCUGCCAUGUUUUCCAGCUGACUUCUUUUAGCUGCAAUCAUAGAUUUUUAGGAGCACUAUUUGUAUAUACAAAAAAAACAUACCAAUUACAAGAUAUGUAUGUCAGUGUUAGGCUACACACACACGGUGCAUGUACAUACAGCUGUAAUAUCAGUUGAUUCAAUUCUAAAUCUUUGUAAAGACACAUAAAGUUAUACCACUUACCAUUUUAUACCACAUACAAUGCACUUGCAAUGUAUUUGCCAAUAAAAAAUGAUGCUUUC